AUGGAGACGAAUGUGCUGGAGUAUGAGAGACUGGUGACCAGAGUGAUUCAUCACACAACUAUUAUAGAAGUUCUGGUGAAGGAAGCUAUUCUCUUUGCCGGACUUCUUGGAGUCUUCCUGACCCCAGCCCUUGCUUUCACUAAAUGUGGUCUUAAAUCACCGUCAAUUUCUUGUAAAUUUCAGGAUAUCAACAUUGGCGGUGCCAGCAACAGUGGUACAAGUGGGCAGCAGUCAGUGAGUGUCAACAAUGAACAUAAUGUGGCCAAUAUUGACAAUAACAAUGGAUGGGACUCCUGGAACGCCCUCUGGGAUUACAAUACUAACUUUGCCGCGAUCAGACUCUUUAAAAAGAAGGUAUGCAUUGUGCACAGAAUGAACAAGGAUGUCAUGCCCUCUCUUCAUACUCUUGAUGCAAUGGUCAAGGAAAAGAAGCUUCAGGGUAAAGGACCAGGGGGACCACCUCCCACGAGUCUGAUAUACUCAAUCAACCCUGAGAGAGUCAGUGAUCUGGAAAAGUUAGGAAAACCCAUCGCUGGCAUGUGCAGAGGGAUUCCAACAUACACAGCUGAUGAGAUUGAAGGGGCAAGCCUGUUCUUUUACUCAAAAGCAUGCCUCCGUGCUGAUAUACUCUGGAUUCUGAGAAUUUCCUUAUGUGGAGAAUUGGAGGUGUAAAAAGAAAAAAAAAGUCACUUUGAAUUUAAUGAUCGAAUAUUUUAUGCAAAAAAAACCACAUUGGGUUCUAAAGGUUUUUAUCAUGUCAUUCUGAAAUGUAUUCUUCCAGUUAUGUUUGGCUUCUUUAACUUUCAGUAAAUCUACUCAGCACUAAAUUCCUU